AUGGUAAAGUCGGAACUUCGAGUGACGCGAGACCUCAAUCUUGAAACCAGCUUGUUAAUAAACUCUCGGUCAAGCAGUGAUGAUGGCCACCAUGCGACUGACCUAUCCGAACAUGGAGACGACAUGCAAUCGACCCCGCACGACGAUGAGAACAGAGAGUAUAGCAAAACACAUUUGUCCUGGCGUAUUGUUGCAGCAAUUGGUAUUGCAAGCCUGACAUCUGCGCUGAUGGGCUAUGAUGAGGGUAUCAUGUCUGGUGCGGUGAUUACACUACAAGCGUCGCUGGCGCUAACAAACUUCGAGACCGAUGUCAUGAUGGGUUGCCUGAACUUUUGUUCGACCUUUGGUACGCUCGGCGCCUCCUACAUAUCCGAUGCGUACGGUCGCAAAUCAGGGCUGUACGCCACUACGGUCUUACUGAUCGUAGGUCCCUUGUUGAUGUGUUCGGCAUAUACAUACACUCAGCUGAUGAUCGGGCGAAUAGCCACCGUUUUUGGGUGCGGGUUUGCGAUAGCCGUGGCUCCCCUGUACGCCGCUGAACUGGCACCUGCUACACUACGCGGCAGUCUCGUGGCACUCGCCGAGACAAGUAUCAACUUCGGUGUGUUUAUGGGGUAUGUUGUAGCCUAUAUGCUAGCCCGCUUACCGAAUGACUACGAUUGGCGUUUAAUGGUUGAGGCAAUCUAG